AUGAGCGGCGGGCGCUGGCGGCGGCCCGCAGAGAUGGUGCAGCCGGGGCCCGAGGCGGAGCCGGCGUUGGCGGAGGCGCUGCAGCGGCUGCGGGCGGAGAACCGCGAGCUGAGGGGGGCCCUGUGUCACUGCACACAGUCGCUGCGGCAGCGCCUGGACGAGCUGCGCCUGCUGCAGCUGCAGCGCCGGGGGGAGCGGGAGCUGCUGCGGGGCCGCUGGGGCCAGGCCCGGGAGCUGGUGCUGCACCUGCGGGGACAGCGUGGGGACAGCAACGGGGACAGCCAUGGUGACAGCAACGGCGACAGCAACAGGGAGAGCAACGGGGGCAGCCCUGAGGACACCACCGACACCCUCGGGGAUGACAGGGAUGCCAAAGACACCGCCAGGGACAUCAGGGACAUCCCUGGGGACGUCAGGGACACCCCUGAGGACAGCAAGAACACCCCCGGGGACAUCAGGGACACCCUCAGGGACACCAAGGACACCCCCAGGGACAUCAAGGACACCCCUGGGGACAUCAGGGACACGCUCAGGGACACUCUCAGGGACACUGGGGACAUCUGCAGGAGCACCCCUGACACCAGCACCAAGGUACUGUCCCCCGAUAUCCCCAGUGUUCCCCUGGGCUCCGAGGAGCAGCUGAGGCAGCGCUUGGCAGAGGCUGAGGCUGAGCUGGUGGCCCUGCGUGCCCGGGUGGCCGUGGCCGAGCUCCGGGCUCAGGACGUUUCCCGCGCGGCCGAGCUGCAGCUGCAGGGACUGCGGCGCCAGCUGGAGGACAAGGCCCAGGUGCAGGCCCAGGUGACGUCACUGCUGGGGGAGCUCCGGGAGAGCCAAAAUCGCCUGGAGAGGAGCCGGGCGGAGAGGGAGCACCUGGAGCGCAGGGCCCGCGGUGACGCCGAGCGGUGCCAGCAGCUGGAGGAGGUGGCCCAGGGCCACCAGGUGCAGCUGGACCAGCUCCGGCUGCAGGUGACCAACCUGGAAACCGCCCUGAGGGUGGAGCGGCGCGGGGCCACCGAGGAGAAGAGGAAGCUGGUGCAGCUGCAGGCCGCCUACCAUCACCUGUUCCAGGAGUACGACGCCCACAUCAAGGCCAGCCUGGAGGGGGACAAACGGAGCCAGGUGACACAGGAGCAGCUGCGGGCGGCCGAGGCCGCGCUGGCCCUCAAGCAGGAGCUCAUCGAUCGCCUCAAGGCCGAGGCCGAGCGCCAGCGAGCGGCCCUGGAGACCAUCCCGGUGCUGCAGGCCCAGGCCGACAUUUACCGCGCGGAUUUCGAGGCGGAGCGCGCGGCGCGGGAGCAGCUGCACGGGCAGCGCGAGGCUCUGCAGGAGGAGCUGAACCAGCUGCGGCUGCGGCUCGGCGGGGACGGGGCCCGGGCCCGUCUGGAGGAGAUGCGCAACCGCCACUCGGAGCCACCCCCAGCCCCGGCCCCAGCGGGGGGUUUUGCGGGGCUCCUGCCGCCCCCCGAGGAGGGGCCCGACCUGUGCUGCCCCAAGUGCCAGUACAAGGCUCCGGACAUGGACACGCUGCAGAUCCACGUCAUGGACUGCAUCAAGUGAGGGGGGCCCAAAACCCCCCCAGCACCCCAAAAACAGCCCCAGGGCACCCCAGAAUCACCCCCAGGGUCACCCCAAAACUCCCAGGAGCCUCAACCCAGGGGGGACCCCAAAAACCCCCAGAUAAUCCUCUGGGAAUCCCCUCUCUGGAUCUACAGCAGGGAUUGGAUCAGGUGUGGGGGGAGCACCCCAAAAUCACCCCCCGGACCCCCCCAAACCCUCCUGGAGCCUCAACCUGGGGUUUUGGGGCUUAGGAACCCCAAAUAUUCCUCUGGGAAUCUCCUCUCUGGAUCCACGGCAGAGAUUGGAUCAUUUGGGGGGGGGCAACUCAAAACCCCCCCAUGGAACCCCAAAAUCUUCCCAGGGAACCCCAAAACCCCCCCAGACCCCCCACAAAACCCCACUGGGCACCCCUCCCACCUCCCC